AUGCAAGAAGCGAGUAAAAUUGCUGCCUUUUUUGAUCCAUAUUUUAAACAAUUAAUUUAUUCUGAAAAUCUAUUAAAUGAAAUUUUGGCUUUAAUUUAUGCAAAUCUUCCACAUAUUCAAUUUAUGCAAGAAUAUAAUAGAACAUCAAGAUUAACUACAACUUCUGAUUCAGAUGAAUUUACUCGAUAUUGGGAAACAACUGCUUCACCUGAAGAAACUUCUAUUUGUGACUGGUAA